AUGAUAUUGAUCGGAGAAACCGGAAGCGGCAAAACUACACAAGUUCCUCAAAUAAUUCAUGAAGCGAGAUUAGAAGGAUUAGGAACUAUAGCUAUCACACAGCCGCGAAGAGUGGCCACAAUUACAAUUGCUCUGAGAGUAGCGGCUGAGAUGAAUACAGAAAUUGGUGGAUAUGUUGGGUAUUCUGUAAGAUUUGAAGAUGUGACCAGUGCCAAAACAAAAGUAAAAUAUUUAACAGAUGGAAUGUUGUUAAGAGAAGCAAUCAUAGAUCCUUUAUUAAAAAAAUAUACUGUUAUCAUAUUGGAUGAAGCACAUGAACGCACUGUAAAUACAGAUAUUUUAUUUGGAAUUGUAAAAUUGGCACAAAAAGAAAGGACCAUUCAAAAAUUAAGUGCAUUAAAGGUAAUCAUUAUGUCGGCGACUAUGGAUGUAGAUACGUUUCGGAAAUAUUAUGAUAACUGUCCGGUUAUCUAUUUAGAAGGUAGAUCUUACCCAGUGACUAUAUAUCAUUCGAAAGUAAAGCAAGAAGACUACCAGUAUGCAGCUCUGUGUACAAUAUUCCAACUACAUGCUACAUUGCCUCCAGAGCAUCACUUUCUUGUAUUCUUAACAGGUCAAGAAGAAAUUGAAACAGUCAUGUAUAAUAUCAAACAAAUUACAAAAGAAGCUCCAGGACCCCCAAUCAGAGUGUGUCCGCUAUACGCAGGCUUGCCUGCUGCAAAGCAAUUACAGGUUUGGAAAGAUUCACCUCAGGAUACUCGCAAAGUUAUCUUAGCCACCAACAUUGCGGAGGCCUCGGUAACAAUACCUCAUAUAAAAUGUGUCAUUGAUACAGGAUUUGUAAAAGAAAGAACGUGGUGCACUCGCACGGGGGCGGAGCGUCUGCGCGUGAACAGUUGUGCAGGCGCUGCGUGCUGGCAGCGGGCGGGCCGCGCGGGCCGCACCUCCCCCGGCUCCGCCUACCGUCUCUACACCGCCACUGACUUCAAGGCGCGCCCGCCACACAACACGCCGGAGAUCGUCAGGUAUUUUACAUUCUUCUAUUAG